GCUGUUGACUGAGACGUUUGGUUCGCGGGGGUCAACCGAGAGAGCGCCGUUCGUCUUCCAGCGCUUCCCAGUGAACAUGAGCCGGGGUGCUCCACGCACAUGAGCCCCUCUAACAAGCCGGCCGCCAUGGGGACAGAGCGCGAGAGUAUGCUGCAGCUCGCCGCAGAAGCCUUCCAGGCGAAAAACUUCGACCUGGCCGCGGAGAUUUACGAGUGCCAGCUCGCGGCUCUGGGGGAUGUGGCGAGCCGCCGACAGGAGCUGACGGUGAGGCGGGCGGACGCGCUCGCAUACGGGGGGAAAUUCGCGGAGGCUUUCGUGGCGUAUCGGCAAGCCGCGGAGAUGGAGCGACUGAGACCCGCGCACCUGAGCAACCUCGUAGACUAUCUGACCUCCAUCACCAAGCUGGACAACGCGGGUGACCGGAGAGAGGGCGCGGAGGCCGGGGCAGCGGCGACGGCAUGCCCCUGCUCGGGAGCCACAGGUUGCGGGGGGCAAGACUUCUCCUGCCGCAUAUGUCUGAGCUCGCUGUUCGAGCCCGUCACGUUGUCGUGCGGACACUGCUUCUGUAAAAAGUGUCUGGAGAAGGACAAGAAAGAGACGGAGGUCGUAUGCAAGGAGUGCGGGCUCAGCUCCGGGGUGGCCGUCCACGGCUACAGGGUCAACGUGGUCCUCAGCAACCUGCUAGCCAAAUGGUUCCCGAGGGUGUACCGGGCCGGCCGGCUGAGACGGGAGGGCAACGGCCUGUACUCUGAAAAGAAGGUGCAAGAGGCUCUGGAGAAAUACAACCAAGCCAUCUCCAUAUCACCCACGGACCACAUACUGUUCAGUAACCGCUCCCAGAUCCACUCCAGUCUCAAGCACUAUGAAAAAGCUCUGAGAGAUGCUGAGAUGGCCUGCAGACUUAUGCCUCUGUGGUCCAAGGGUCAUGUUCGUAAGGCACAGGCUCUGGUGUCACUGGGCAGGUCUGAAGAAGCAUUGAGAGAAUACCUGCUAUGUCUUUCUAUAGAGCCUGACUGUCGACUGGCCAGGAAUGAAGCAAAUAAGCUUCUCAGUGACCUCUUGGCUCCUGUGACGUAUCAGGUGCCUGAACACAUCUCUGACUUUCCCAACAUCCUGUCCUCUAGAGGACGCAUGAAGAAUAGUGUCAGUGCACCUUCUCAGCUCUUUGGCCCUGGCCCCCUGUCAUUGGAGUUGAGUGUGACUCCAACCGCUCCUGGGGCAGGGAGGUUGGAUUGCAGUGAGGUCAAAGUUCAGGACGACAGCAAGAUGGACCACUGUCUUCUACACGUACGGAAGCGAAGGAUCACAAGGGAGGAGUGUGAAGAGGAGCAGGGAGCAAAGGGGAAGAGUGUUGCACACAAAAGAUUGAAGUCUGAGUCAGCAGAGGCGAACAAUCUGUUAACUUCUGCAGUUGGUGACAUUUUGGCUCCAACAGAUCUGGAAUGUUCUCUUUGCAUGAGAUUGCUCUAUGAGCCGGUGACGACACCGUGCGGUCACACCUUCUGUCUUCAGUGUCUCAAGAGAUGUCUGGACCACAACCCGAAGUGUCCACUCUGCAAAGAAGAGCUGUCAGAGUACUUAGUCCAAAGACAAUACUGCAAGACCGCAUUAAUGGAAAACCUCAUAGCGAGGUAUCUUCCGUGUGAGCUCAUGGAAAGACAGAAACUCCACGACGAGGAGAUGGCUGAGCUUUCCAACCUCAACAAGAACGUGCCGAUAUUUGUGUGCACCAUGGCCUUCCCCACUGUGCCCUGUCCACUGCAUAUCUUUGAGCCCUGCUACCGACUGAUGAUUCGCCGAUGCAUGGAGACGGGAACCAACUGCUUCGGCAUGUGUCUCGGGGAUGACCUCAAAGGGUUCGCAGACUACGGAUGCCUGCUGGAGAUCCGUGACGUUACGUUCUUCUCUGACGGGCGCUCAGUUGUGGACACCAUCGGCAGGCGGAGAUUUAAAGUCAUCCAACACAGCGAGAGAGAUGGAUACAACACAGCCGACAUCGAGUACCUGGAGGAUGUCAAGGUGGAGGGCUUGGCAGUGGGGGAGCUGCAGUCUUUACAUGACACAGUGUACGACCAGGCGCUGGUCUGGGUCAACUCCCUGAAAACGGAGCAGAAGGAACGUAUUGAGGGGCACUUUGGACCCAUACCUGAGAAAGACUCUGAACUUCAGGCCAGUCCAAAUGGUCCAUCCUGGUGUUGGUGGCUACUUGCUGUUCUUCCGUUAGAGGGCCGAGCCCAGCUGCCUUUCCUGGCCAUCACAUCUCUGAAGGACCGCCUGAGCGGCAUCCGCAAAGUUCUGCUCUUCAUGGCCUGCAGCAGACAUCGGGGACAUGCCGUGGGCCAGAGGUCAUAGUCGCACCUGACCCCCCCACAACUUCCCCCAAUCACCAAUGAGCAGUUGACCUGUUGUUUUUUUCUAUUUGAGACUUCCUUUUGAUGUGAUGGCACGUUCCCCGUUGUAGCACAAUCCACAUACGCAUCAACAACAAAACAGUCAUUCACGCUAUAUUAAACUUCCAUUCAUCUGAGGGCUCUUCACAACAUCUGGAAAGCAACCCUUUCUCUUUGUUUCCUCUUUGCAAUGUAAAGACAGAAUAGAUGUAUAGUUCACGAUCUAUAAGGAUGAUCAAUUUGUAACAUUUUACAUGAUGCUAAUGCGCACAACCCACAACCUUGCUCCAGUUGCCACCUGGAAGCUUGUAAGUCAAUGUACCUGUUUGUUGGCCUUUUCUGCAUGGCACUCCUCCACUUUUAUAGUUCUCUGUGCUUUUUAAUGAGAGAUAAUACACAAAAUGGAACAAUAAUGUGCAAUACCUUUAGAUUUUUCUCCAAAAUGAGUUGCCUAUCUAACAGCUUUAAAGCAAAUCCCCCCCCCCAAAAAAUAUACUGUUUGUAUGUAUCAACAGUGCUUAACAAAUUUAUUGUACCACCCAUCAUGAAAACGAACAAGCACUAGCAUCAUGAAGCGCUUUAGUGCGGACGCUUUCAUUUUCAGUCAGCUCUGUAUUUGACUAUUUUGAAUGGGAAUGAGGAAUUUUGCAGAAAGUUGCAAUAGUUUUAUACCCACAUUUGAGCCUACUCACUGGGCCUCAACUACUUAAACUAAUAUUUCUGUUCAGGACUGUGAAGUGAAUGUGUUCGCUCUCUCUCUCUAUCUCUAUCUCACACACACAGAUAACAAUAACUAUAUUUUAGCAUUAAAAUUUAGAUUUUGGUUAAAGAGCUAUUUAACUGCUGUGUUACCCAUUACAGACUAACAAAUUUGAAAUAAAUCUUAUUUGGUGGUGGUCUAAUGCAGCCGUCCAUUUUCCGUACUGCUUCUCCUCACUCGGGUAGCGGGUGUGCUGCAUCCUAUCCCAUCUGACUUUGGGCAAGGGGCGGGGUACACCCUGAACUGGUUGCCAGCCAACAGCAGGGUCUAAUACAUUUGUUAAGCAAUUCAUCUUUCUAAGUGUACUUAUUCUGUGAGAGACCAAACGUAUACUUUUUGUUUAAAUGCACUGACUGCAAUCAAGCGAAUUAGGAUUGAGAAAGUAUUGAUUUGACAUCUCUCAAAUGAAACUUCACAAAAACAAACAAAAAAACAGCCCCAAGUAGCGGCACGUAUGAUAAGAGGUGUGCUUUUUGCUACUUUGUAAUCUGUGUUGCACUGUCUAUUUCUAAUUGAUUUGACUGUUUUACUCUUUUUUUUUUUUUUUUUAUGUGACAUUUUGCUUUUUUUUCCAUUAUUUAUUUGUUUCAUUAUUUAUGCAAGCAGUGACAUUGUUUACAUUUGUUGAAGAGAUGCUCAUUUUCUACAGGAUUAUUUUUGUAUUAGACACCUCCGAAGGUCAGCCAUAAUACAUGCUGUACCAGUGUGGGGAGGAAAUACCCAAAUUUAAAAAAAACAAAAAAAAAAAAAAUGAUUCUUACAUUGUUGCUCUUCUCCAAAACAUACCUUUCAGUUGAAUAUUGAUUAUUUAAGACAGUGUUUAUUUUUGGUUUAUUUGGUACUUCCGCCCACAGUAGAGAAAAUAACUUCCAUAGAAUUAAAUAAUUGCAAAGGAUGAAGUCUUCUCUUUAAAAAAAAAAAAAAAAAAAAAAAAAAUCCAUUUAAAA